UGAUCUACAAAAAUUCAUUGAACGAGAUACAUUUGAAUAUGCAUACGAACUCAAUGAGCUUCAUGGUUGUUUAGCAACCAUGUUCUGUGUUAGCAACUCUCUCCUCUUACGUCUCAUAUCCAAGAUGGCCGAUUAAAUAGUUAACAUCUGAAAUGUUAGAUGACGCACAGUUAAACGGGUCGCAAACUUUCCAUUCUUCUUCUCAUUAUUCUUUGCUAUAACAUUUAUAAGUGUAAACGUUUUGUGUGCUCGAUGCAAUAGUUUACUUUAUGGUUUACUUUGCAUCAUAUUUUUUAACCACACCGGAUAUAAAAUAAUUACAUAUAUGUCCGACAGUACCCAGUCUGUAUAUAAGUGCCCACACAACACGAAGUCGACUAUGAGCCGACUUUAAGCUGACUGUAAAAGGCAAGAGUUGACUUUUAAGUCAAUCUGUCACUCGACUGUGAGUUGACUGACAGUAGACGAAUGUCCCAAAAGUAGUUGACUGUCAGACGACUUUUCAAGUUGACAAUAAGUUGACUGUGAGUCGACUAUUAGUCACUACAAUUUAUAUAGUCGUAUAAAAUACGAUUAAUAAAUCAAUAAUUUAAACGUAAUAAAUUAUAGUUUCCAAAAAAAUAUUUCUUCCUUUUUGUUCAAAAGGAUUAAAUAAAGAUUAAAUUUAAAUUAAACAUUUAUAUACAAGAUUUAAUAACAAUACAAAUUGUUAUUUACACGUAAAAAUAUAAAAUUUUAUGUGGAACAGCGAACCACAUACACAUCACAUUUGAAAAAUCUAAAGCGAAUUUCGUCUCGAAGUUACAACAAUUAAUUCCCAAAAGUUUUACUGAAGUGCGAUUUAGAAAAACAGUUGCGGUGGCGCCUAGAUAUAGACCUUGUUUACACCGUACGCAAUUUUAAUACGCGAAUCAAAUUAAUACGCAUCAAGUAUGAAAUCUGCAUGUGUUUACACCGAAUAAUAUCAAGUGAAUAGUACGAACCAUUAAGAAUCCAAUAAAAUACGCAUCAAAUAAUAUGAUAUCUUUCUGCUAACAAUUGUUUUAAUUCCAAUAGAGAGAAUAAUUUUAUAUAAAGGUUAAAUUGUACAACAAUGAAUAAUAUACAAGAGGUUACAUCCUUAUUUAUUGCAUUAUUUGCAAUAAAUAGACUUCAACAAGAUUGUCGGAAAAAACAAUUACGACGAUUGUUUUCCCGUAGACGACGUGCAUUGAAGGCAACGCUUAAAAGGUUAUGUUUUCAAGAAAGAACAGAGUUGUUAUUAAGGUGGAAACAAAUUAAUAGUCUAAAACAAAUAGAAUUAAUUGCAGAAGGUAUACGAUAUCGAAGGAUUUGGCAACUUGAGAGAAGUUCAGAUUUUUGGAAAAGGAUUGUGAAUUGUCAUUAUACUGAAAAAGAAUGGAUUGAAAGUUUUCGUAUUCUAAGGAGAGUUUUAUAGAAUUAUGUGAUAUGCUCAGAGAUGAAUUAAAAUCAGAACCACAAUUUUUAAUGCCAAGGGAACCUAUAUCUGUAGAAAAACAAGUAGCUGUGGCCUUAUAUAAAUUAGCAUCUACUGCAGAAUAUAGAGUUAUUGGCAAUGCAAUGGGAAUACAUAAAUCGUCUGUAAAGAAAUGUUUAUACAGAGUAAUAAAGGCUAUCAAUAAAGUAAUGCUUCAAAAUUAUAUAAAUAUGCCAAAUGAAAAUGAAGCCAAUUUAAUAGCUUCAAAUUUUGAAAACAAAUGUUUUAUUCCACAAAUUAUUGGUAUCGAUGGUACGCACAUAGAAAUUAUUUCACCAAAAGAAGGAUACAGAGAUUUUAUAAAUAGAAAAGAUUGGCCUUCAUAUAAUGUACUUGCAAUUGUUGAUCAGGUUAACGGAAGAUUUAGAAAUAUUGUAAUAAAACAUCCAGGGAGUUAUCACGAUGCAGCUGUGUUCAAAGAAAAUAUGUUAUAUAAAGAUGCUGAUACUCUAAUACCUAAGAAAACUCGUAACAUAAAUGGAAUGGAAAUACCGUUUAUAAUUGUGGGAGAUCCUGCUUACCCACUGUUACCAUGGCUCAUAAAAGGAUUUUCUGGUUCAUUAUCAUCGGAAGAAGAAUCUUUCAAUGUCUAUUUAAAUUCUGCUCGAGUAUCUAUAGAAAUGGCGUUUGGUAGACUGAAAGCUAGAUGGAGAAUUUUACAUAAAAUUAAUUGCGAUUACAGUUUUGCACCAGAAAUUAUUGCAGCUUGUUGUGUAUUACACAAUUUUGUUGAAAAAAACAAGGAUAGGUUUUACAUACAAUGGUUACAAGAAAUUGAACAAUUAGAACUUGUAAUACCACAACCAAGAACUGCAACGAUUACUAGUACAGAUUCUAUAGAUGGUACAAAUAUUCGGAAUCAUCUAAAACAAUAUUUAUCCGACAAUUUUCCAUUAAGAAAAGCCUUAAUACGACCAUAAAAGUAUUUUGCGUUAAAAUAAUUGCAGUUUGUAGUAAUAAUAGUAAUUAAAAUAAAGUUAUUGAUUUAGAAAA